CCGGCCGGGAAGGCGGGGAGCGGGCGACCGUGGAGGAGGAGGGGGAGGCGGCGGCUGCAGCAUCCAGAGCUGGCCCAGGCGGUCGGCGCGCCCCGCGCACAAAGGCGCCUAGCCCCUGGGGAAAGCGAUGAGCGCACCGCAGCCCAGGCCCUGGCCACCGCUGUAGCCAUCGCGGCGUGCGCCCGGGGCUCCGGGGAAGAAACCCGGUGCACCAAGGACCGGUGGCCGAGGUGCGGCCCGUGCGCCCUAAGCACGGAACUCGCCGCCCUCCAGGUCAGGCGCCAAGCUUCAGGGCGGCCAGAGGGAGGGCUUCCGCGCCACCCCUGAGAUCGGGGCAGUCGGACGCUUCACCGCUCGGGACCGGACCUCGGCGCCCCCUCGCUGCCCCUGAGCGCCAACUUCGCCGAGAACGUCCCUAACUCCAGGGCACCCUGCGGGGAGAGAAGGCGCUGCCCCGGGCACAAGCCGGGAGGACGCGCCGCUGGCGAAGAAGCAGCCAGCAUCCGCGGGGUCGCUCGGGCGCCCCUGAGUGGGCAGCAGCAGCAGCAGACCUCUCCCGGACCUACCGGCGCUGGGGAUUCCUCCCAGGCAGGCACUCGCCCUCUCUUUUAUGGAGCUUGGGCCCCUGCCACAGCCCAGCAGAGGCUGUGGAGGUCAACCAUCAGGAAGCCUGGUUCCCAGCCCGAGGGCCCAUCCCUGGCUACCAGGAGUGGAGGCUCCGGAGAGGUAGCAGUGGCCCGCCAGCGGUCCCCUCCCCAUAGUGAGCCAUGGGUCAGAAGCUCUCUGGGGGUCUUAAGUCUGUGGAGGUGCGAGAGCCAGCGCUUCGGCCAGCUAAGCGGGAGCUUCGAGGAUCAGAGCCCGGACGGCCAGCUCGGCUAGACCAGCUGCUGGACAUGCCUGCAGCAGGCCUGCCUGUGCAGCUGAGACAUGCGUGGAAUCCUGAGGACCGCUCGCUCAACGUCUUCGUCAAGGAUGAUGACCGCCUCACCUUUCACCGGCACCCGGUAGCCCAGAGCACAGAUGGCAUCCGCGGCAAGGUGGGCCAUGCCCGAGGUCUGCAUGCAUGGCAGAUCCACUGGCCCGCUAGACAGCGGGGCACCCACGCUGUGGUGGGCGUGGCCACGGCCCGUGCUCCUUUACACUCUGUGGGUUACACCGCGUUGGUGGGCAGUGACUCCGAGUCCUGGGGCUGGGACCUGGGUCGCAGCCGCCUGUACCACGACGGCAAGAACCGGCCUGGGGUGGCAUACCCUGCCUUCCUGGGGCCAGAUGAGGCCUUUGCUCUGCCGGAUUCCUUAUUGGUCGUGCUGGACAUGGACGAGGGUACUCUCAGCUUCAUCGUGGAUGGUCAGUACCUGGGUGUGGCCUUCCGUGGCCUCAAGGGCAAGAAACUGUACCCAGUGGUGAGUGCCGUGUGGGGCCACUGCGAAGUCACCAUGCGCUACAUCAAUGGCCUUGACCCUGAGCCCCUGCCACUGAUGGACCUGUGCCGGAGAUCCAUCCGCUCAGCCCUGGGCAGACAGCGCCUGCGGGACAUCGGCUCCCUGCCCCUGCCUCAGUCUCUCAAAAAUUACCUGCAGUACCAGUGAGUGGCGCUAAAGACCUGCUGUCAUCUGUGGUCACACAGCAACUAGCUCCAGAGUGUCAGGACACGUCACUGACUUGGGCAAGGAAUGCCUGUUGCCAUUGCUGCCGUCAACCAGGACCAGGAGUAUAUAGAGACCAUUUCUUCCUCAAGAGAAUGAAUAAAACAUUUGGCAGGAGACGGCAUCUUGUUCUCCCCACUGCAGACAGGCCCAGGGAAAAUUGGCCAGUGGAGAGAAAAUAGCUUCUGAAUAAUAAAUGAUGAAAGCAAGUCCUUGACGGUCCCCUCCCUGUCUGCCCCCAGCCAGGGCAGAGAGAUCAUCCUUCCAUUUUGAGACUUAGUACCACUUUGAGAGACAAAUCCCCAGGGACCACGGCAGUGCAAAAGUGCCUGGACUUACCUCACUGAGCUGGCUUGUCACCCCUUCCU